AUGCUUCCUCGUUUCCUUUCCUCACGCAAGGUGAUGCCCACUGGCCUAGUCUCGCUUCUUGGGCUCAUGGCUCUGGCCUACAACUGCAUGCAGCUCAGAAAGUGGUGGGAGCCAGAGGAUCUACCUUUGAUUGGGAAGAUGAAGGCCUAG